AUGAAACGGAGUGAGAGUAAGUCCCAAGAAAUCAAGUUAGAAAUAUCAGGAAAAGGCGAUUCAGCACGAUUCGAACUUCGUCAGGCAAGAACUAGGUCUUCCUAUGGAAAAUACGAUACGGUUCAACCGCAGCUUCUGAUAGGUUUGGACAACUUGCGGCUUGGUGUGCCGCUGAAACUUCGUGAGGGCGGAUCAAACGACCCAAUAGCAGCCAAGUGUCGACUGGGGUGGACUGUUUAUGGUAGUGCGAACAAUACCAGUAGUGUCCGAGCUGUCGUCAACUUUCAUUCCGCAGCAGCAGCAGAUUCGGAUCGUUUAUUGAACGAACAGCUACGAGACUUCUUCACAAUAGACAACGAUGGAAUCCAGAAUCAACAUGAAGGUCUGGAGUCAGAGGAUGACAAACGAGCGAGAAUACUACUAGAAAAAACAACGCAGCGGGUCGGUGAGAGAUUUGAGACAGGUCUUUUGUGGCGAACAGAUGAACCCAACUUUCCAGACAGUUAUCCUAUGGCUGUGCGUCGUUUACUAGGCUUGGAGCGCAAGCUUGCAAAGGAUACAUCGAUAGCAGAUUGUGUACGUGACCAGAUCUAUGACUACGAGCGAAAAGGUUACGCUCACAAAGCGACUCAAACUGAGUUGGACUCAUGUGACCGCAGUCGUAUGUGGUUUUUGCCCUUGGGAGUGGUCCAACAUCCAAGAAAGCAGAAGGUGCGCCUCAUCUGGGACGCCAGGGCCACUGUGGAUGGAGUGUCAUUUAAUUCGAAGUUGCUGAAAGGGCCCGACCUACUAACUUCCCUGGUAGCAGUUCUUAGUUCAUUCCGCCAAUUUCCUGUGGCCGUGUGCGGCGACAUAAGAGAGAUGUUCCACCAGGUGCAGAUUAGGGAACAAGAUCGUCUCUCUCAAUGCUUCCUUUGGCGCGACAAGCCGAAGGACGAUAUACAAGUCUUCGUUAUGGACGUCGCCACCUUCGGAUCCACGUGUUCGCCAGUCUCAGCCCAGUUCGUUAAGAACCUUAACGCAAAGCAAUUCGCCGACCGAUAUCCUAGAGCCUACAAAGCAAUAGUAAAGCAUCACUACGUCGACGACUUCUUAGGCAGUUUCGAAUCAACCCAAGAAGCUGUGGAAGUUGUUGAGGAAGUGAAAUACGUUCACUCGAAAGGAGGGUUCGACAUCCGAAACUUCCUCUCAAACUCUUCGGAAGUGAUGGAACGAAUCGGUGUGACACCAACGAAUAGCAUGAAGAAGCUUGCAUUAGAAAGAGGUAAAAAUGUGGAAUCAGUUUUAGGAAUGAUGUGGCUGCCCAAAGUCGAUUGUUUCACCACUCGACAGCUGGAAGCUCAUGUAUUCGUUGAUGCAAGCGAAGCGGCAUACUGCUGCGUCGUCUAUUUUCGGUUACUAGGUGGCAACUGCAUUCAAGUGGCUCUUGUCGGAGCGAAAAGCAAGGUAGCCCCACUGAAGACAUUAUCAAUUCCGCGACUAGAGCUGAAGGCCGCUGUUCUCGGAGCUCAAUAUCUCAAGACUGUCUUGAAAAAUCACGAGUUUCCAGUGUCACGCACCUAUAUGUGGACAGAUUCGACCACAGUGUUGGCCUGGAUAUUCUCAGACCAUCGUCGGUUCCAGAAAUUUGUUGCAGUUAGAGUGGGAGAAAUCCUCACCCUCAGUGAUCCUCAAGACUGGAGGUGGAUCAACACAAAGCUUAACGUAGCGGAUAAGGCGACAAAGUGGGGAAACGGUCCUGAUUUCCAACAAGCAAAUCCAUGGUUCAGAGGUCCAGCCUUCUUGCAUCAACCCGAAGAGCAUUGGCCUCAGCGCCCUCAGAAUAUUACCACUCAAGAAGAAAUGCGUCCAGUUCAUGUCCACUGGUCACCAGCUCCGCUGAUCGACGUUACUAGGUUCAACCGUUUAGAGAGAAUGCUACGUACAAUUGCUUACGUUCUUCGUUUCAUUUCAAACUUACGUUACAAGCGGAGCGGAAAGAGUUUGAAAAUUUCCUCUCUCGAACAGGAGGAGUUGCAAAAAGCUGAGGAGACUUUGGAGAAAAUAACUUAA